AAAAAAAACGUGCUAGCCCAGCGCGUUGACCCACGAUCUAUCAGCAAUGCGAUCGCUGUGAGUUCAAGUCCAACUUAUGCUGGCUUCCUCUCAGGUCGUACAUGGGAAUUUCUGCCAGGAAACCGUGGAUUUUCCCCAGACUGUGUACCGUUUUAUCCCACCAAAUUUCACCAAGUGAAAUACUCUUCGGCGUACGGCGUAAAUAAAAAAAAACAAUGAAACGAAAUUUAUAAAUGAAUAAAAACAUAAUAUUCUGUUAAAGGACUUGGUAUGGUAAGGCGGGGAAUGACACACUCGUAAGGCUAUUUCUUUUGUUCAGUUCUGUUUUACUUGUCUUUUCCGGUUAUAUGGCAGGAUCGCAUUGAAGCAAUGUAUAAGUCAUAGAAUGGAAAAAUUGGUAGCCUGCUCCAGCCUCAGCGGAACAAAAUAGAACAAAACUAAGUGAAAAUAUUUUUUCUCCGAAAUACACGGCUAACACACGCAUGCAUAGUGGUUAUAGUGGAUACUGUCACAUCGACCGUGAUACAGAUACGUCUACAUAUCUGGGCAUGCGCAGUGGCGAACCUUUAGUCUGGGACAGGAAAUCAAGUCUGUACAGUGUACGGCUGCACACACAGGGUGGAUUUCAUCCGAUACAGAAGUGUUUUACCGGCCCAGCUGUCGUCGAUGUUUUGUACCGGUAUAGGAACUUGAACUGUACGUGUUGGAAACAGUUUCAAAGUCAGACGGGCUUCUCCAGUUUCAUCAUUGAUUAGCCGAGUGUGACCAUCCGUUGAUCUAUAGCACGAUGACUGGUAAGCCUACAAGUACAAGAGAUCGGCCGUGGCCAGAACUACAGUCUGCCUUCUAACGUACAUUUAGAUACGAAGACCUUUCCAGACAGCCAAAAAUGCAGAGGCCUAAAGAAACCUCGUCAGUGACCACGGCUGGCAAAGGCCUGGCAGUUUUCCUCCUGUGGACUCUGACGUCUUUCGUCUGUCACUAUGCUGCUAAGCAGUUUUUGCAGACGUCACGGGAAAUGUGGGGCGAUGACGCAGCCGUUUAUGGGGUUAUCAUGUUGACGUUUACGCAGAUUUUCACCUGCUUCAGUCUUCUGAGAAUUCCUUUCUUGGCGUCCUGGAGCGCCGAAUACGACAGGAAGGACUGUCUCUGCGUUGCAGUGGUAUCUCACGUGAUGGCCACGAUGGCGACCAAUCACAGCAUGACUCUCAUUCACGCCGACUCCACAUUCGCCAUUAAGCUGAUGGAGCCAAUCACAAGCGCCGUUAUGUCCAUGUUGGUGAUGGGUACGACGUUGAGUGUCACUGGAUGGUGCAGUUUGCCUGUGAUCGUGUGCGGCGCUGUAGGUUUUAUUGGCAACCCGUUCACCGACAUGAAGCUGGGCUAUGGCGCUUGGUACGCCGUCAUUUCCAACGUCAUCUUAGCCAUCAGAAACCUGGGCAUCAAAUUUUUAAACAAAGAAAAAAAUAUUUCCUUCAGACCGCAUCGGACUGUGGGCGCGUACUACGCCGUCACCGUGGGUACGGGUGUCGCCAUCUUGUAUUCUCAGCCGGGCAACAGGUCUAUCAUAUUCAGUUACAUCUGUCUCUUCGUUUCAUCUACAUUCCACGUCAUUUAUUCCUACGUGUCCACUGGUAUCGUACUUCAGUACCUCUCCGUCGUCAGCCAUUCCGUGGCCAACAUCUGGAAGCGGAUAUUGGUGGUGUUGUUGUUGUAUUCAGUGGGGAAUAGACAAGCCUCGCCGACAAACGUGCUGUUUCUAGGCCUUUGCACAUGCGGACUGUUGGUUUACGUCUACGGUCAGUCGUCAAGUAAAGUCUCGACCGACAAAGAUGUGACUGCGCAGAACCGGAAGCGCUUGACGCUGGCUCUGGCGUUAUCUCUCGCCUGCGUUGUGCUGUUCACGGGACUAAUCCCCCUCCAGAGAAUUGGGAUUCACGGAAUUCAGAACCUGGGGUCCUUCUACGCCUCACACGGAUUAAAAGCUGUCGCCAAGGAACCCUCCAGAGGAUUACUGGCGUACGAAGACAGAGAGUCGAUGUUAGCUCACACGAUGCCAAGAUCUAAGUUAUUUACGGAUCCGAAAAUCAAGGAAUUCCUGUCCUGGAAGUUAACAGAGCAUUCCAACGAAACGGACAUUUUGGCGCGUCAGUUGACGACUACCGAUGACGUCAUAUCCGAAGCGCAAAGGAUCUUGCUGCAAGUCUCCAAGGAACUAUUCGGUACUUACAAAUACGCCUUCCUCUUCGAUAUGGCGAAUUUUGAAAACAAGGGUGACCCCGCCAUCAACAUGGGCGAGUUGUACCUUCUGAGAGUUAUGAACGUGGAAGUGCUGUAUAAUUGCCAUUAUGGCAAUUGCACGGACAAAGCACUGAUGAGGGCACAGAAUAUAGCGUCCCAAUUCAGCAAGAAUGACCUUGUAAUUUUGUGCAGCGGAGGGGGCAACAUGGGCGGUUACCCAAUAAAUGACCACUUAAGAUACAAAAUCUUCAAAAAGUUUCCAGAUCACAAAAUAGUCGUGUUUCCUCAGAGUACGUGGUUUCACGAUCCCAAGCAUUUUACCCUCGCCAAGACGAUAUAUGCGAGUCACAAUGACUUGACCAUGUUACGGGACCGAGUCUCGUUGGAGUUCGUUAGGCGGAACUUCCCGAAGCCAAAAACUUACUUGGCUCCGGACGUCGCACUGUUUACAGGGCGGGUGCAGCGAUUCAUGCCGCCCGUCUACGAUAUAAUCUGGCUGCGCAGAGGCGACGGUGAAUCGACCAAAUACAAAGUACCGCCUCUGCCGCAUAACGUAUCCAUGAUGGUUUCUGACUGGUGGGUAUUUAGGUCGCCAAAGGGCAAAAAUGUCAUGGAGAAUACAUUUCUUACACGACGACAGGGUUUAUGUUUAUACAGAGGGGGGCGUGUCCUAAUCACAGACCGUCUCCAUGGACAUAUUCUUGCUGUGCUUCUCGACAUUCCACACGUGAUCAUUGACAACAAAAUUAAAAAAAUAAGUAACUUUAGAAAUUCUUGGACUGCCAAUUUUAGAGAUCGUCCGGUAGCAUCCGACCCGGAGGAUGCCGUUUCUAAAGCAAUUGAACUUAUUAAAUUGUUUAACCAGAGACUGCCUACACCGGUGGCGUACAUGCGCAGUGAGCCUUAGCAAGGAAUUCCGUAAAACAGUUAUGUAGCUUCUCUUACCGGAUGUGUGGGCAGACAGUGACUUGGUGUUGGAAAAGUCUUGAAGCCAUUAAGUUUGAAGUUGUAACUCACAAAGAAAAAAACUUUUCUUUUCUUAGAAGAGUUUUCUUCCCAAAGUUUAUUUUAAGUUGUUCUUUCAAGGUGUCGUUCAACCCAGGCACCACCUAUAACAGGGUGCACGUUUCUGUAGGGGAGUGUGGAGAUUCAACGCCUUUAUUGGUAAACGUAAAAAAAAAAACAUACUAUAGUAUUUGAUUUUAUUUUUGAUCACGUUUGCUCUAACAUGGACGUCUGAAGAACGUUUCGCAAAAAGUUGUUUAGAGAGGCGAAAGAUACAGAAAGUGAGAAGCUGAACGUUUUUGCACUGUCAUUUGUUCCUCCGGGGCACGAUAAGACAUGUCGUCGGCAAUUUAAUGUCGGCAAAAAUUGCCUAACAUGAUAUUGUAUGAGCUUCUUUUACCUUUAGCGAUUGCGAAGGUCGUUUGGCAACUGCGAAGGUCGUUUGGCGACUGCGAAGGUCGUUUGGCGACUGCGAGACACAGGUGCCUCUCGCCAAUGUGGGCGCUGUGAGUACAGCUCAUCAAUCAAUCAAUCUAUCAAUCAACCAAAGUGUGGCUUUUAACUUUUUACGCAAGCAGAGCAAUCAUUUCUGUGCACUUUUACUGGAAGAAUUUUCGUAGUUGAGACCUUGAAGACUUGAUGGACACAGUGAAAUGUCUUUGUAUGUGCGAAAAUUACAUAAAAUAACCACUGUAAUCACUCCGUUGGAUUCCACGUGUUUAAAACACUAAAGUUUAGCUUUAAAAAGUUCAGAGGAAAGAGUUCUACAUGUUUGUUGUACACGUGUACACGUGGACUUAUAUUUUUCUUUAAAGAGAAAAAGAAACUUUAAUAAUUUUCUAUGGUUGGUAUUUGGGACCACCUCUUGAUUCAUGUUGUCUUUGUGUUAUAAUGUUAUAAAUGAGUAUGUGACACAUGUUUAACGAAUAUAUUUACAAAAUUUGGUCUUCUCAGCUUACAAAUGUGUUCAACCUGGAUUUUGAUCAUAUUGGUAUUUUCAGUAUAUUCAUAAAUAUGAUCACAAUGUAAACAACAAAUGUUCAUUCAAACAAAUUUAUUACAUAUGCAUCACAUCCUUAUUUAGAACAUUAUUAUGCAAAGACGAUGUAUACCAAGAUGUGGUCCCAAAUACCCUCCACAUAAAAAUAUUUUCAAAUACCCUUUUCAUCCCAAAGAAAAAUUACUCAAAACUUUUCACCAGUUUUCGCACUCUUUCAUCUAAUUUUGCCAAGAUAUUUAUGUUUUCUUCCCUUUUAAGGUGAAUGAAAAUGCUCAACCAGUUAUCCUAUAUGUUUAUAUAGCCCACCAUUGUAAGAGAGCUAUGGGAUUAAGCAAAUAUCAAGAAAAAUAAAUGAAUAAAUAAACAAUGCACAGGCAUAAACCUAAAUGUAAAAUAAUGCGUUAAUAUGCAUAACGGCUUUUGUGUUUAUUCUACGCUUUCGUCUUGAAUGUUUUGUUGUUUUGAAAAGAAUAUUUAUGUAAAAAUUUAAAAAAUCUAUCGAAUCGGGACGCAGAGAGUGCGUUGCUAUGUGGAUCUAAAUGUACCAUAUGAGACAACCGAGCAUACGUCCAUCAAAUUGGAAGUAUCUGGUGUCAGAUCAAAAUAGGCUGUGAUUGUGCACUGUUUGCUUACGGGAAAAAGCGAAAAGCAUAUAUGCACUUCAAAGCGAGGUUUUGUCUUUGAAGACAAUAACCCAGGAUUUUCAGAGAGAUUAUGUAGCUAGGGUUUUUUGCCACUUAUCUGAAAGUAUAUCCGUUCCCUGAAUAUAGAAACGCAGAAAUAUCAUUUAGUCCAUGAGCAAGAUAGAGAGCACGAGAUAAAAAAAAUACCCGAGAUAACUAGCAAUUGUGUUAUGUGCCUUUGAAAAACUUGACUUAACAUUGCUGUUUCUCUAACUUAAUUCAACAACAACAUUCGUGCAUCCUUUCCAUUGUGUAUGAGGACACACCGCAAUUCAGUGUAGGUAGCGGUUACUGGAUUUGAAUUCAGCGUAACUGGGAGUUAUAAAGAUCUAUAGUAAGUUACAAGUCAGUAUGGGAGCGACUACCGAAUCUGACUUCAUUGCAACUGACGGUUGUAUAGGUUGUAAAUAGUAAGACAAAGGUCACCAUGAUGGGGCGGCUACUGGGUCUGACUUCACUGGGACUGACGUAAGUGACAAGUCAGUGUGGGGAGCGGAUUACUGGAUCUCACUUUAGCGUGAAGGGAUUUAUAUAAAUUUAUAGUAAGGGUCGGGUCAGUAUGGGGAAGGCCUACCUCACCUAUCUUUAGUGUGACUGAAAGUCACAGAACAGUACUGGCAUGAACAUGUUAGUUUUCUUUUAAGGCAUAUUUUCUGGUAAAUGGGUUCCAUUGCAUAUAUAAAACUGUCAUAUAUCUGAUAACAAUAAUUAAAAUUUCCGCUUUACAUGAUUACUACAGUGGGCAAAACUUAUGAGGUUUCCAUCAUUAUUGUUUUAUUGUUUGUGCUUCAGAGUUGUAUUAAAUGGGAUAUAUGGGAAUAAAUGUGAUAAAUGGAAA